AUGGAAUUUCGCUACCUUAGGACCGUUAUAGUUAUGACCGCCGUUCACCGGGGCUUUGGUCGUCCUCUUCCCUGUCAUUAUGCCCCCAACUUCCUUGACCUUCCGACACUGGGCAGGCGUCAACCCCCAUACAUGGUCUUAGGACUUUGCGGAGACCUAUGUUUUUGGUAA